CUCUACACUACUGCAGUUUCAUGGCGUGCAUAUAUUGUGUGAAAUGCAAAUGUUUACUUUCAGCUGAUGGAUGUAACAAUUAUGAGCUCCCAUAAUGUCAACAUGAACAUGUGAAUCGAAUAUCAUUUCAUCUGUUAUUUUUAUAUUCUUCCUAAUUUUCUAAAAUCUGAUUUGUGGUAAUUCUGGUUAAAAAAAAAAAAAAAAAAAAAAAAGAUAAAAAAGAAAAAUAGUAAAAAAUAUCUGUAAACUGUCAAACUGUAGAGACUACCAAAUAUCAAUCUUUUAGAACAAAAACCUCUCAUCUUGUGAAAUAUAUUCAAAAUUUUCCAAACCCCAGUUAAUCAACAUUAUCUUAAAUACCAAAGGAUGCAUGUGUGCAUCAUGCAUUUCAAUAUCCUGCUUUGAGACUUUGUCUGUGGUCAUUUCUCCCCAGAGGAGUGGAAACAACAAAAGGCUCCCCCCUACAGUAGUAGAGAUCUAAUAUUGGCACCAGAGGCAGCUGGCGGGCUGUCUCCUGUAAUUUUAGCGCACACUGAUGCGGAGGAAAGAUUUAAUGGGUAUUGGUCAGCGUACCCUCUUGUGAGGGCGUAAAGGAGACAGAGCGGAGUGAGCCGAGAGGGAGGGGAGCAGAGGGGAAGGACAGCGAGCGGAGAGCGAGAGGAACAGGCAGCGUGUUGAGGGGCUGCUGUGGCUCAGAUUUAAAGUCGGCCAACUAUCGGGAGCAGCAUGACUCUUCUCGCACUUGGACUGUAUCUGCCGCUGUGUUUCUGCUACGGCCUGGCUCAGUCCUCCUUUCUGGACAGCCUGCUUCCGCUCCCGGCAGCUCUCAGAUCCCAGGAGCAGCAGAAGAGAUUCAACCCAUGCUGUUUACUGAGUCCACCUCCACCCCCGCUGUUCCCUCCACCCCCUUCACUUUGGCGCCGCCACGCUCAUAAUGAAGAUUCUAGAGAUCAUGAGGGUGAAUCUAAUCAGGAAAAGGGUUCGUCCUGUGUGCAAGGCCCUCUGGGGCCGGCCGGUCCCCCGGGUCCUCAGGGUCCACCUGGAUUACCUGGGAUCGCAGGGCCUAAAGGAGAAAAGGGAGAAAUCGGACGACCUGGGCAAAAGGGUCGGACCGGGCCUCCUGGACUCCCCGGGAAGCCGGGACCAGCUGGCUGGCCGGGACCAAGUGGGGCCAAAGGUGAGAAGGGCGACCCGGGGCUGAUGGGUUUGCCUGGAGCCAGAGGACCAAUUGGGCCGAGGGGUUUACCUGGAUACAAAGGGGAGAAGGGUACUCGGGGCGAUCGAGGUGAGAAUGGACUGAAGGGAGACAAGGGUGCGAUGGGUUUCCCAGGAAUGCUUGGACAGAAAGGUGAAAUGGGUCCAAAAGGAGAACCUGGAACCUCAGGAAACAGAGGACCGACGGGCCGACCGGGGAAGAGAGGCAAACAGGGAGUAAAGGGGGAUCCGGGGAUCAUUGGUCCAAUGGGCCCAGCAGGACCACAGGGAUCCCCGGGACACCCCGGACCACCCGGAUCACCUGCCACAGGACUCUACAUGGUCGGAACAAAAGGUGCUCGUGGGCCUCCAGGACCUCCUGGAAAGUGUAACUGCGGCUCGUUCGGUGCUUCUCCGUAUGACGACUAUCAGUCGACAGGAAACUACCCCAAAGUACCGGCGAUCUUCGUGGUGAGCAACGAGGAGGAGCUGGAGCGUCUUCACACAGACAAUGCUCUCGCUUUCCGCAAAGACCAGAGAUCUCUGUAUUUCAAAGACAUCGACGGCUGGCUACCCAUCCAGACAUUCCCCUUCCAGCUGACUCCCUUCCAGUCCAUGGAAAACGCCCCUGACGAUGAGGGCUACUGUGGCGACGGGAUCGUGCAGAUCUCCACCGGGGAAGAGUGCGACGACAGAAACAGAGUCGUCACAGACGGCUGCGUCAAGUGUAAACACGCCUACUGCGGGGACGGAUACCGAUACGAGGGGGCCGAGGAGUGCGACGGGAAGGACUUUGGCUAUCAGACGUGCAAUUCGUAUCUUCCAGGGUCGUACGGUCACCUGAAGUGCACGCCAUACUGCGUGAUCGACUCCACAAACUGCAAGUACUUCACCUGAGGAGGAGUCUGGACGGUGCAGCAGGAUCGUCUGCGUCUUGUUUGCUUGACACAUAACAGGAAUUUCAUGCAAAAAAAGAGAACAAAAACGCUCCAAGCAAGAGACUCUGAGAGGAGGAGGCAGCCAUCCUAUGGUGAAAAAAAAACGAAGAAAACUUACACACACACACACACACACAUAUAUAUAUAUAUAUAUAUUUCUAUAUACACGUACGUAGAACUCAUGUGUAUUGCUGCUGAGAUGCCACAUAGGCUCCCUGGAGUUACAGAGUCAGGCGGUGAAUGGGGGAAAAUCCGAACGUAGAAAAUGCACAGAACAACUGCACUCUGUCUUAAGAAGCGGGAUUUCCACUGGCCCCCGCCACCGCGCCUGACUGGACCCGAACCGGCCUCUGAAUGCAACAGCUGUGUGACAGCCAUGCAGAGACUCCGUCAGGUGCCAGCGGGAGAAGUUCCGGAGGAGCGGUCGCCGCCGGCACCGAAGGGUAAAUCAAUCCUGACCCAGUUUACCGUUGAGAAAUGGAGGCGGUCGGACGUCCAGAGCCGUGGCCCCAGGUACUCUCCUGGAGCGCGAAUGACAGCGCGCAGCAUUUUGCAUGAGGCUGGGAUUACCGAGACCGUGACGGCAGCUGUCACUACCCACGCAUGUAACCUAUCACUCUACUUAUUAAUGUCACAACAACUUUUCUCUGUUGACAGCGAGGAGUUCGAACUCUCAGCUCAAACCGAGUCCACAGUAAAGAUGGAAAUGUACAAGUAGGGUUUCUAUCCAGGCGGUCAUGGUGCGUUGCUGAUAUACAGUACACAUAGGGAAUUAUGCACAUGUAAUCUCUGAGUCAGACUGUUAAACCUUGAAGCCAAACUUGAAGUCUCUCGUUGUAAAACAUCAGUAGUUGUUUUAGCUGCUUUUUGUUUUGUUUUUUAAUAUAUUAUUGUAGUGAUGGUAGUACUGUACUUUGCAGGGACAUUGAGUUCAGAUAAAUCCAAAAACGUCUCAGGAACCAACAGGUAAUGUUGCUCGACACAGCACCUUUCACAUGCAUCCUUUCACCGAUCUCUUUGUAAGUUAGUCGACGGAGACUGUACACUGAGGCGCACAGGUAACUCACACAAAAAGCUUUAAAAGCAUCGACAAUGUGCAUCCUCGGAGAAUCGGGCUCCUUCCCUGUGCUUCAACAAGAAACGAAAUACACGAUAUGUGAAGGCUUGAAACUGUUAUGUUCUUAAUAUUCUCACUGCACAGGAAAGGCUGGAGUGAUUCUGUAGCUGCUAGAAGGGAGGGGAAUGGAAAUUCCAGGCUGUUCUGUGGUCAUUACUGUAUUUACUCUGAUACCUCUUUAUCCAGUCUUUCUGUCUUAUAUCCAGCAACAGAGAAACUCAACAGUAAACUUAAGAGUGUAGAUGUAGUCUGCUGUGUGUCGGGCGCCAAAGCUGCAAACGACUGUGCCGAUAUAUAAGCUGACCCUUUCCAUAAGCUACUGCGUAAGCGGCAGUGCCAAAGGGAGACCUUUUCUCAGCCAGACUUAGAUGUAGUCAGGUCCGUGUCUGUCAGCGAUUACUCAAAGCAAUCAAAAGAGAAAGACUGUUAAUAUAUUGUGUCCGCAUGCUUGUGUAAAUCUUCCAGUGGGUGUGACUUUGUCCGACAUCAUUUUGUAAACAUUGCAUUCAUCAGCAUAGCCGGUGUCUUAAGAAACGUGUGUGUUGCUCUGCCCACUACUGUAGAGUACUGUAUGUGUGACAAACUAUAAGUGUUGGACUGUGCCAUGCACAAAGCAGAAAUGUCGUAUCUGUGAUCCGUGCCGCUGCGUUGUUGCGCUCUAUCCUAUACCGCGUACGCACAACGACGCCGAAACAUGCAUGUGGUAAUGUACUGUAAGGCUUUGUGAAGUAUAGUAUGCACUGUGACUGGGAUAGUACAAAAAACGGUUUGUUUUGUUAUGAUUUUUACAGUAGCUGUGAACAAUU